GCGGGGAGGCGGGCGGCGCGGGCCCUGCUCCGGCGGCCGGCCGGCAUGACGGCCGAGCUGCAGGCCGCGGGCGGCGCCCCGGGCGGCGGCGGAGCGGAUUGCCAGAUGCUUUUAAACCAACUGAAAGAGAUAACAGGAAUUCAGGAUUCAGCUUUUCUUCAAGCAGCUCUAAAGGCUGCUAAUGGAGACCUAAUGGAAGCAGUCACCUUCCUCACAGAGGAGCAUGCUCAAGAGCCUGCUCAGGACACAGCUGCUGCAGAGCCAUCUGCUUGGGAAGGGAGUGCUGUGGGCAAACAGCUUCCACAAAAUGGUGCUGCACUCAACCCUAACAACAAAGAAGACCUCCACACAGUUGUUUUCAGAGGACUGGAAUCACCAAAAGGUCAAGCUGCAGAAAGAGAUGUUGAAAGACCGCAGGAAGUACAUUCUGCUGAAAACAAAAAUCGUUCCAAAAGGAAACGCUGUGAAGUUUGGGGAGAGAAUCCCAAAGCGAGUGACUGGAGAAGAGUGGGCGACUGGCCUGUUGGAAUGAAAAACAUUGGUAAUACAUGUUGGUUUAGCGCUGUCAUACAGUCUCUCUUUCAGUUGCCAGAAUUUCGGAGGCUGGUCCUUGGCUACUCUCUGCCACAAAAUGUACUUGAAAGUUGUCAUAGUCGCACUGGAAAAAGAAAUAUUGCAUUCAUGCAAGAACUUCAGUGUCUGUUUGCUUUAAUGCUGGGAACACGUCGUAAGUUUGUGGACCCUUCUGCAGCACUGGAACUUUUAAGGGAUGCAUUUAGAUCAGCUGAAGAACAGCAGCAAGAUGUGAGUGAAUUUACACACAAACUACUGGAUUGGCUGGAAGAUGCAUUCCAGCUUGCUGUGAAUGUCAAAAGCCCUGCAGAUAAAUCUGAAAACCCAAUGGUACAACUUUUCUAUGGCACUUUCUUGACUGAAGGUGUCCAUGAAGGCAACACUUUUUCCAAGAUCGAAACCUUUGGUCAGUAUCCCCUUCAGGUAAAUGGUUAUCGAAACUUGAAUGAGUGCUUGGAAGGAGCCAUGGUGGAGGGAGAAAUGGAUGAGGAGACGGCAACUCAGCCAGUGAAAUAUGGACAGGAGCGCUGGUUUACAAAGCUUCCACCAGUAUUGACCUUUGAACUCUCCCGAUUUGAGUUCAAUCAGUCACUGGGACAGCCAGAAAAAAUUCACACCAAGCUAGAAUUUCCUCAGACUAUUUAUAUGGACAGGUACCUUUACUGCAGCAAAGAGCUUAUUCAGAUGAAGAGAGAAGAAAUGAAGAAAUUAAAGGAGAGAAUGAUGCUUCUGCAACAGAAACUGGAAAGGUACAUGAAAUAUGGCUCUGGCCCAGCUCGCUUUCCACUACCUGACAUGCUCCAGUAUGUCCUUGAAUUCAUCACUACAAAGUCUGCUGUACCUGUGUCUCCUGUGUGUGUGUCUUCAUCUCAGGACUCUGAGACAACUGUCCUGCAGUCCCAAGCUGGAUCAUGCAUUUUGGACAUGCUUUCACAGCCAAACAACGUACUAGAAAGAAAGGAUACUAAGUCUGAAGAUGCAGCUGUCUUUUUGGCAAAUUCCUCGCCGCAGAAAAAAAUGAAUGUGCCACUCCAGCCUUCUGGUUCAACAGCAGAAAUAUCUGAACGGCCAGCUCCUCAUGUGGUUUCUGAGGAAGAGAUGAACCUUGUUAGGACAUGUCUACAGAGAUGGAGAAAUGAGAUUGAACAAGAUGUGCAAGAUCUGAAGGAGUCUAUUACCAGAGUUAACCUAUCCAUUGAGCAAAUGUACUGUGACCCUCUCCUCCAACAGGUUCCCUAUCGUUUGCAUGCAGUCUUGGUACAUGAAGGGCAAGCAAAUGCUGGUCACUACUGGGCCUACAUAUAUGACCAGCCUCGAAAAAGAUGGCUCAAAUACAAUGACAUCUCAGUGACAGAAUCAUCAUGGGAAGAAUUGGAGAGGGAUUCAUUUGGUGGCUCGAAGAAUGCUAGUGCCUACUGCCUGAUGUACAUAAGUGAUAAGGUGUCCCGCUUUGUUGCAGAUGAUGAUGAUGGCUCAGAGGUUGGACAGUUUCAGAAGGAGGUUGAAGCCUUGCCCCCCGAACUGAGACACUACAUUCAAGAAGACAAUUGGCGACUUGAGCAGGAGGCAGAGGAGUGGGAGGAAGAGCAAUCUUGCAAGAUUCCUCAGAUGGAGCCAUCAGCUGCUUCUGAAUCACAGGACCUCUCUUCUGAAUCAGGACUAGAUCAGUCUUCAGUCUGUGAGCAGAGUGUGCGUUCUCUGUCUUCCGAGCAUGCCAUGAUUGCAAAGGAUCAGACUGCCAAGGCCAUUGCAAACACAGCCAAUGCCUAUGAAAAGAAUGGUGUUGAGGCAGCUCUCUGCGAGCCAAAGGAGGUAGAACCAAUGAAGGCCCACCUGGGAGAAACAACCUUUACAGUUCAGGCAGAACAACCACAAGAUGCUAAAGAAACAGAGUCUGCUGCCCAAACUAGCUCACAGGUCUCUGAAGUGGAAAUCCCCAGUGUGGGGAAGAUUUCUGUUAGAUCUGAUGCAGAUGGAUAUAAUGAGGAGGUGAUGCUGAGUCCAGCCAUGCAAGGUGUCAUCCUGGCUAUUGCAAAAGCCCGCCAGACCUUUGAUCGAGAUGGGUCUGAAGCAGGGCUUGUUAAGGCAUUCCAUGAGGAAUACUCCAGGCUCUAUCUCCUUUCCAAAGAGACCCCUACCCCUCAGAACGAUGCCCGGUUGCAACAUGUGCUCGUUUACUUCCUGCAAAACAAUGCUCCCCAACAGGUUGUGGAACGGACCCUUCUCGAACAGUUUGCAGAUAAAAACCUCAGCUAUGAUGAAAGGUCAAUUAGCAUUAUGAAGGUAGCACGAGCUAAGCUGAGAGAAAUUGGUCCUGACGAGGUCGAUAUGGAGGAGUAUAAGAGAUGGCAUGAAGACUACAGCCUUUUUCGCAAGGUAUCUGUUUACCUGCUUACAGGGUUGGAGCUGUAUCAGAACAGAAAGUACCAGGAGUCCCUGACCUACCUGGUCUAUGCCUACCAAAGUAACACCACUCUGCUGAUGAAAGGAACCAACAGAGGAGUGAAUGAAUCGCUGAUUGCCUUGUACAGAAGAAAGUGUCUCCUGAAGUUGAAUGAGGUGGCAGCAUCUCUGUUUGUAAGUUGUGAAGAAGCUCGUGUGGCAGAGGGCAUUAGUAUCCUGAAUGAGCUGAUCAUCCCCUGCAUGCACCUCAUGAGCACCUGUGACAUCUGCCAAGAAGAUCUGGAUGCCAUUGAGGUCAUGAGAAACCGCUGGUGCUCCUAUUUGGGACAAGAAGACAUGGAUGCAAACCUGCAGAUGAAGCUGGGCGAAUUGCUUCCCAGGCUGCUCGACUGCUCUGCGGAGGUCAUUGUGCUGAAAGAGCCCCCGAAGAUCCGGCCCAACUCCCCGUACGACCUCUGCAGCCGCUUUGCAGCCGUGAUGGAGUCCAUUCACGGCGCCUCAACUGUGACUGUAAAAUAGAUGGCAGACUUUCCACCCUGAUAUGGCGUAUUAUAAACCACCCACCUUCACAGCGUCCUCCCAUCAGGCAGUAUUUAAAAGGGAGAGGGAAGAGAAUAGGUGAUUCAUAUUCAGACCUGUGUUCUAUGUAAAUAUGAAUGAAUAAAAAGCAGUAUUGCACUUUUGAGAUAAUAUGUUAAGUAAGAAUGCAAAGGACAUGAACCACUGUUACUAAUAUGAUCCAACAGGUACCUGACAAUUCCAUCUGCUUUAUAUUCCCAAGACCAAAUGAGGAGUUGUUUUUUGUUUUGUUUUGGCAAUUUUCUACACUGUCCAGCAGGCACAUAUCACUGGGAUUGUGACAAUAGCAGAGGAAGAGAUUGGCUCAUCUAGUGAGCAAAACUAUUAGCUCUCAAUCUGUCAGACACAUUUACAUCUUCCUAAAUUAUUAGCUGCAAGACAUUAUAUAUUCAGAUCUUGCCAAGCUUCUGCUAGCAGAAGUCUGAAUUGUGUGAUUAGGAAGCUGAGAGGAACAAUGGCACUCACUCUCUAUCAUGUGGUCAGUCGUGCAUGCAACUGCAUAUUUUAGUUAAGUCAAACAGGCAUUUGCCUUUUGUAUUUUAACUGGCAAAAGAAAAUAUGCAGGAUUCUUCCUCUGAGAAAGUCGAAAGCAAAUAACGUCAGUGACAAGAGAAAGGACAGAACUGUAAAGAUUGCCUCCACCACACUUGUGCUACAGUGAUAGCUGACUGGUUAAAGGACAUAAAACCCCUGAAGCAUAUUCCCCUCUUGGAUUGGAAAGUGAACUUCCUUCUCACCACUGGUGGAUUUUCAGUGCUGGAUUAGUGAUGAUAACUGUAAAGGUUAGAAUCAGCUCUCUUUUUAUUUUUUUAAAUUUUUUAAUUAACUUUCCUUAAAAAAAAAAAGCAAGCCCAUUUGGAUUUCCUUUCAUGAGCAGCCUGUAAUUGUGUUUGGACUCUGGCAAUUGUUUAAACCAGAUGCUCUAAGUAAGAGGAGAGGGUAAGCCUGUUUGUUAGGACUAUGCAGGUUUUCUAAAAGUGCAAUAAAAGCAUUUGUUCUAUGUUAGAAUGAAAAAGCUUUCUCUGUGUGGGGUUUUUUUUUUUCAGUGUUUUUUCUUCUUCUGUUGUUAUGCCUUAUGGUUCCUCUUGGCUUCAGUAGCAAGAAAGGGAAGCAGAAGAAAAAAGAAAUCCAUUGGCAAAGUAAUGUGGAAAUGUGUGUAGCCUAAUGAAGCUCCAGAGGUGCCAGAAUGGUGUGAGUACUUGCUGUAUCUCAGCUUAGGUCUCCUGUGAAGGCAGCAGACUGCUUGGUAGCUCAGACUUCUGCUGCCAGGACAGCACUGGGGGACUUCCGUACACUUCAACAGAAAAAUAGAUGAGUUUACUUAGACUAUGACCACAGAGUUACAUUUGAUCCUCAGACUUGACAGCUUCAGCUCAUCACUGACCAGCAUCCAAGAGAGCUGUCUCUUAAGAUAGGAAUUUCAUUAAAGUCUGCAACAGUGGCUUAACAUCUUUGUAACUUGUAGAGUAGACAGGUCGUGUUAUACCCCGAGGUUAAAUAUGGCUUACAGCAUGUGUCUGUGACUUGUCUGCUUUGUGGCUGAUGGUUUUGUUAGCUAACACACGCUGUAACGUGAACACAAGUUGUAAUUCAACCAAGUGAGCAUCCUGUGUGCUAGUGCCUGUCUUAAGCCUCCUUUAGUUAAAUAAGGGUGGGACAUGCUGAGCUGCACUUUGAGUUACUUUGCUAUCUCGUUUUCUGUCUAGCUGUUCUCUAUUUCUGCUUGAGAUUAAGUGGUGUAACCAAGGGUUCACAUUCUGCGAUGCUGUAAAUGGGCUGAAGGACAUGCGUCUUGGAUCCCUGCUGUGUCUGGAGAUAACAGCCUGUCUGUGGGGCACAUCCAGAGGCAUGGGGCAGGUGUGCAGGGGCAUAAGCUGGGGUCCCUCCCAAGCAGGACGUGGUUCCAGGGGGUGUGGCUGGCAGCUGGGAGAGCAGGGCUUUCUCAAAAAACAGGUGGGAGUUAAUGAAGCUCCAGGGAGUUGCAUCUCCCCUCCUUUAUUUUAUUUGCCUGCAAAAUGGUGCUGGGAAAAUGCCUAUGUUUGUUAUCAGUGCCUAGUGGCUUCUCUUAAAGUCUCAUUUUUCAGAGCUGAAAAUCUGUUUUGAGUCCUUUUCCAUUGCAAGCCAUCCUGCAUUAACUUGUGUUUUUUUGUGCAAGAGGGAAUCUGCCAUUCGGAAGCAAGCAGCAGUAAUAAUUCAUUCAUACUGAAUUAAUAGAAAAGAGGAAAAAAUCAGUGUUUUCCUGCAGCCAAAAUCUGAGUAUUUUCUUUAUUAAUUGGGGAAUUUAAACAUUUAAUUGCAUAUUGAGCUGAUAUCAUGAUUCUACAUUAUAAUGGAGUCCUUACCUGUUUCUGCUGUUAUUGCUCUGAAAAAAAUGCAGAUUCUUUUCAGCAGCUUAGGAAGAGGAGAGAGAAAUGCCCUGGGGUGUUUUUUUCUGACAAAUUAAAGACAGAUUUUUUGUAGGACUUCUUCCUAUUACAAAAUGUGUUGUAAUUAGCAGAGCUAUGUUUGAAUGAAAUUGUCACCAAGGUCCCACUGCUCUGUCAGUUUGUGUUUCCGUGUUAUUUAGGAAUAACAUGGCUGGGAUUUGGUUU